AUACGGAAUAAUAAACUAAUAUUAUUCUUAAUUAUCGAGUAAAAAAACGCCUCCACGUUGAAAAAAAUUAAUCUAUGAUCAGUUUUCUACUCAUUGAAUCAUAAUCAAAAAAGUAAAAAGAAAAAUGAACGCAUUGUAUAAUGUAGUUUUCUGUUUGACUGUUCUACUGGUGAAUGUUGAAGGAUCAGGUAAAUAACUAUUUUUGCUGAUAUAAAUUAUCUCACGAGAGAAGAUCCUCAGAUUUUUAAGAUAUAGUUAUUUUACUGAAUCUCACUGCACAGCUUUUCAUACUGUUUCUUGAAAUAAGAUUUGAUAAAUUUGAAUUUUAUUUUGUAUAGCUCUUUCCAUUAAUCAACCGAAAUUAUGUCCAUCGGCAACAUGGAAUUCUAAGGCUAUAACAUUUGCUGAUCAGAAUACGAUUGGUACACAACCUUAUAGUAUUUCAAUUGAUAUCAAUAAUACUAUUUAUGUAGCAGAAGGAAAUCUUAAUCGUGUUCAAGUCUGGCAAAAUGGAAAUUCAACUCCAAUAAGAAAUAUUUCUAAUGGUUUGAACAUACCACGAGCUGUUUUUCCUUCAAUAAAUGGUGAUAUUUAUGUUGAUAAUGGUAAACCUAAUGGUCAGGUAGAUAGAUGGACAGUAAAUGCAACUAAUGGUACCAGAGUCAUGAAUAUUAGUGAUGCUUGUUAUGGUCUCUUUAUCGAUAUCAACAAUUAUCUUUAUUGUUCCAUCGAUCCUACUAAUAACGUGAUUAAACAGUCACUUGGCAACGGUACGUUAACUGUUGCUGCAGGUACUGGUACUGGCGGGAAUAAGGCAAAUCAGCUUAGUCACCCUCGAGGAAUUUUUGUUGACACCAAUUUGAAUAUGUAUGUAGCAGAUUCUGGAAACGCAAGAAUUCAGCUUUUUAAACCAGGACAAUCAAACGCUACAACCGUAGCAGGAACUGGAGCAUCAGAAACAUUCACACUCAACCAACCGGUAGCAGUUAUACUUGAUUCUGAUGGAUAUUUAUUCAUUGCAGAUUUCGGGAAUAAUUGUAUUGUAAGAUCAGGAAGAUCAGGAUUUUAUUGUUUAUUUGGAUGUACAUAUCAUCCAGGUACAGCGUCGAAUCAAUUACAUAAUCCCCAGAGUCUCAGUUUUGAUAGCUAUGGAAAUAUAUAUGUUGUCGAUUUCAAAAAUCAACGAAUUCAAAAAUUUAAUUUGGCAACAAAUUCAUGCGAUAUUUCUUACAAUCUUCCGAAACUUUGUUCAAAUGCAACAUGGAAUCCUGACGCUAUAACUGUUGCGAAUAGUACUAGCAUUGGCCUAUAUCCCCAAGGUCUCUUUGUCAAUAUUAACAACACUGUUUAUCUGUCUGCAACAAGCUUUAAUAACAUUUUGGUAUUGUCAGAAGGAAGUACCAGUCCACAAACAUAUAUUUCUUAUGAUUUGAGUGGACCAGGUGCUAUGUUUGUCACUGUUGACGGUACUGUUUAUGUUUACAACAGUGCGAAUAAUGGUAGCAUAUAUAAAUGGGCAAAUAAUGGAGCAGCUGGUAGUGUUCUUGCCAUGUUUGUUAAUAGUACUUGUAACGGUAUUUUUGUCGACAUCCAAGACAAUAUUUAUUGUUCUGUGAGGCAUCGUCAUAUCGUAACCAAAAAAUUAUCCAAUAACACUGCAAAUACAACAACUACUAUCGCAGGUAAUGGUACUGCCGGCUCCGGACCAUAUAUGCUGGAAAAUCCUCGAGGAAUCUUUGUUGAUAUUAAUUUCAAUUUGUACAUAGCAGAUUGCGAAAACAAUAGAAUACAAUUACUACAACAAGGAUAUACAAACAUGACAACUGUAGUAGGAAAUGGAUCAAAUGAAACAAUUGUAUUCGAUUGUCCAACUAGUGUUGUAC